AUGGCUGUGUCAAUACAUAACAAAAUAGUUUGUGGUCCAGAAGAAAGCCCUAUUCCCGCUCAUUUGUCAUAUGGUCAAUUUAUAUUCGACAAACUUAAAGCUGGUGGUGACAAAAUUGCACAAAUUUGUGCAGAAACAGGAAACUCUGUUACUUUCAAGACCAUUUUGCAGAAUAGUGUUAAUUUAGCUGUGGCACUUCAAGAAUUAGGUUUAAAGAAAGGAGAUGUAGUGUCAUUGAGCAGUGAAAAUCGUUUCGAGUUUACUGUUGCAUCACUAGCUGUUAUAUAUUGUGGAGGAAUCUUAUCAACUCUCAAUGUUACAUAUUCACCUGAUGAAAUCACUCAUAUAUUUCACAUAACUAAACCAAAAUUUAUUAUAACUUCACCAAUUAGUGCACAAAACUUAUAUGAUUGUAGUAAAGAUCGGCCUUAUGUUGAGAAAAUUAUUUUAUUUGGUGAAUAUGAGAUAGUACCUGGUGUGUUCUACAAUGAUUUAGUAAAAAAGCAGGUGGAUGUAGAUAGUUUUACUUUGGUGGAUGUAAAUGGUGUUGAAGACACAGUGGCAGUGAUGUGCUCAUCGGGUACUACUGGACUCCCAAAAGGCGUAAUGCUCACCCACGUAAAUUUUCUAACAUUAACCGCUCAUAUGAAAUAUUAUCUGGAAACUUCACAACAGAGAAAAAAGCAUAAAGUAAUAAAUGCCCUGUCCUUGAUACCCUGGUUCCAUGCAUAUGGUUUCAUUACGAACCUGGCUGUUAUGUGCCUCAAUGUACAAGUUAUAUUUUUAGUGCGCUUUGAGGAGAAACAAUUCCUUGAAACUAUUCAGAAAUAUAAGAUUAACAUGACAACAAUAGUCCCACCAUUGGCGGUGUUCUUGGCCAAACACCCGCUAGUGGAAAAAUAUGAUUUAACAUCCUUAAACGAAGUGUGGUGUGGAGCCGCACCACUUUCUAAGGAAAUUCAGGAUGCUGUAUCUAAAAGAACGGGUAUAUCGUAUAUAAGGCAAGGAUAUGGUCUCACGGAGGUCACGAUGGCUUGUUGUGUGGACUUGACUGAUGGGGAAAAAGUGGGCUCUUGCGGCACCCCCGCGCCUGGUAUGAGGAUUAAGGUGUUAAACACGGAAACAGAUGAGAAGUUAGGUCCUUACAAGGAAGGUGAGCUAUGGAUCAAGUCGCCACUCCGUAUGAAGGGGUACAUGGGCGACCCGGCCGCCAGCGCCGCGCUGCUGGACGCCGACGGCUACGUGCAGACGGGCGACAUCGGCUACUACGACGAGGACGGCUUCUUCUACAUUGUGGAUCGGCUGAAGGAACUCAUCAAGUAUAAAGGCUUUCAGGUGGCACCGGCGGAGCUGGAGGCGCUGCUGCUGCGGCACGCGGGCGUGGCUGACUGCGGCGUGGUGGGGCGCGCGCACGAGGCGGCCGGCGAGCUGCCCGUCGCCUUCGUCGUGCCGCAGCCCGGCGCCCGCCUGCAAGCCUACGAUCUCGUCGCGUAUGUCGCCUCCAAGGUGUCUCCCGCAAAGCAUUUACGAGGUGGAGUUAUAUUUGUUGAAGAAAUACCGAAGAACCCAUCAGGUAAAAUUUUAAGAAGAGAACUGAAAAAAAUGUUAUCUGCCAAAGUUAAGAGUAAACUA